CAUGUCGUUUGGGUGUGUGCCUGUGCCCGGACUAUGUGCGUGUCUGUUCACUGCCCCGAGGAAAAGCACGCCUGUGGCAGGAUGUGGAGAGACACUACCGUACACGACCGGAGUGCGACGCCAUGCUGCUAGAGCUCGCGCUUCCGUGCGAAAGGCAGAUGUGUAGGUAGGUCACUUACUGAGACGUGGCAGGCGCUCGGAGCCGGCAAAAUGGCAACCGAAAGUUUUUAACAAUUGCAAAUUUAUUAAGUAAGUACGUGAAAAUUUCAAGCCCCUCCCUGUUAGUCAAGGUCAGGCGAGGACGCUGCGUAGUUUUCCAAUCAGCCGAAAGUGAUUCAAUCAUCUGUAGUCUCAGGAAGUAGAGGAAGUGCGCGGACGACGCUAUGAGUGGAGAGUAGUUUUUCCAGGUAGUGUGCACUUUAAUGAAGUUAUUCUUUACCUCUCCUGUAUUUACACCAAUCUCGUUUAGUGGAGGUUUAUCACACGGAGUAUAAAUGACUACCACGGUAAACGGAUCGGAUCCCAAAUGGACUGGAACUGCGCCUCGAGCCCAGGCUCCGGACCCAAACCCUUCUCCAUCCAGAACCCAACUGGACCCCCUGGCGGACCUGGAGCCGUCCAGCGAGCCUCAGACCGCCGUCUCAGAUGCCAAGAACUCUGGACUUAAAUUCGCCAAGUCGUUCCUGCUGGUUCUCCCUGUUUAUGUAUUGGGUUAUUUAGGGUUCAGUUUCAGUUGGAUCCUGAUCUCACUGGCCGUGCUGUUUUGGGUCAGACGGAACCAGGGCACCAGGUUUUCAGGAGUAAACAAAGCACUGGCCUUUUUCGAGCACGAAGAGAAAGCAGUGAAACAGAGUUUACCAACUUCCGAGCUGCCGCCCUGGGUUCAUUUUCCUGAUGUGGAGAGAGUGGAAUGGCUCAAUAAGACAGUUCAUCAGAUGUGGCCGUAUAUUUGUCAGUUUGUUGACAAACUCUUCCGUGAGACCAUCGAGCCAUCCGUCAAAGGAGCCAAUGCUCACCUCAGCUCCUUUUGCUUCUCCAAGAUUGACAUGGGGGACAAGGCCCUGAGAGUGAAUGGAGUGAAGGUUUACACUGAGAAUGUAGACAAACGACAGAUUAUCAUGGACCUACAAAUCAGCUUUGUUGGGAACACCGAGAUCGAUGUGGAGAUUAAGAAAUACUACUGCAGAGCAGGCAUCACCAGCAUUCAGCUUCAUGGGGUGUUGAGAGUCAUCAUGGAGCCGCUGCUGGGAGACAUGCCUCUGAUUGGAGCACUGUCUGUUUUCUUCCUCAAAAAACCCAUGUUGGAUAUUAACUGGACAGGUCUGACUAACAUGCUCGACAUCCCCGGACUCAAUGGACUGUGUGAUGGUGUGAUUGAGGACAUUAUUUGCAGUAACUUGGUUCUUCCCCAGAGAAUCACCAUUCCACUAGUGGGAGAAACACAACUGGCCCGAUUACGCUUCCCAAUGCCAAAGGGUGUUUUGCGAGUACAUUUUCUAGAAGCCCAGGAUCUGUUGGCUAAAGACCGAUAUCUGGGUGGUCUGAUCAAAGGAAAGUCUGAUCCAUACGGGGUCAUUAAGAUUGGCAAUCAGCUUUUCCAGAGCAAGGUCAUCAAGGACUGCUUGAAUCCCAAAUGGAAUGAAGUAUAUGAGGCACUGGUGUAUGAUAAUUCAGGACAGUUUUUGGAAAUUGAGUUGUUUGAUGAAGACCCUGAUGAAGAUGACUUCCUUGGCAGGAUUUCAGUUGACCUGAAUGAGUUAGAGAAGGAGCAGAAAGUUGAUGAGUGGCUUGUGCUGGAUGAGGUGGCAUCAGGAAAACUACACUUAAAGCUAGAGUGGCUCUCACCUCUCGCUACACCAGAGAAACUGGAUCAGGUAUUGAGCAGUAUCAGGGCGGAUAAAGGCCAAGCGAAUGAUGGUCUCUCCUCAGCACUACUGCUUGUACACCUAGAUUCAGCCAAGAACCUGCCUAGUGUGUUUGAAGGCAAUCUGUCCGGUGGCUGUCUGAAGGAGCGUCGCUCUGCUGGGUUCGUGUUCUGUGAGAACACAGCAACACUAUACAGGACUCUGUUUUCUGCGAAGAAGGUCACCAGUGAUCCCAGUCCCUUGGUCCAGUUUAAAGUUGGACACACAGUUUUCGAGAGUAAGACACGUUAUAAAACCAAUGAGCCUGUUUGGGAGGAGGCCUUCACAUUCCUAAUACAUAACCCAAAGAGUCAAGACCUAGAAGUGGAGGUAAAAGACGAGAGACAUGAGUGUACGUUGGGGACGUUUUCUCUCCCGUUGACUCAGCUGCUGCAGGCCGAUCAGAUGACUGUGAGUCAGAGAUUCCCACUGAAGAGUGCAGGACCCAAUGCUACUCUCAAAAUGAAGAUUGCUCUAAGGGUUCUUAGUUUGGAAAGGUUGACAGUUUCAGAUCAGCCAUCAUCUGUGCAGGUUCGCAGAAGUUCCAAUGUCAUUCCGAGUGCAUCAAAUUCGAAGAACACCCCUAAAACCUCAGGUUCUGGUGUCAGUUCCAAGCCUUCUUCACAGGUCCCACAUGUUUCUGAACAUCAGUCUGUCCCGGACCUCAAAGGGUUGAAUGAGUCCGUCUCUAGCACUCCACUGGAGGACUCACCUAUUCGACUCUCAGAUGCAGGCAGGAGUACAUCUAACUUGGCCAUUUCAGGCUCCCAGAUGAACCUGAACAGCAAAGAGCCAACACCGAGCAUCGCCUCUGAUAUCUCGCACCCAUAUGCUUCCCAGGAGCUACAGCAGAGAAUUAAAGAUCUGCAGAAUGGUUCCACUCCUGGUCAUUUUCCCCUGGGAGAGAUUGAGCUGACAAUAAGACACAGCUCCCAACGGAACAAACUUAUAGUAGUGGUACACCGCUGCAGGAAUCUGAUAUCAUUCACAGAUAGCGGUUCUGACCCUUACGUGCGUAUGUAUCUGCUCCCGGAUAAGCGACGAUCUGGACGUAGAAAAACAAACAUGAUCAAGAAAAACCUCAACCCAAUCUAUGACCAAACAUUUGAGUUCAGUGUGUCACUGGUGGAGUUACACAGGAGAACGUUGGAUGUAGCAGUGAAAAAUGGAGGAGGACUUCUGUCUAAACACAAGGGUCUUCUGGGCAAGGUGAUGGUGGAUUUGACAUCAGAGGACAUAUCAAAGAGCUGGACACAAUGGUAUGAACUGAGCGAGGAUGGACUGAGAAAACCAUCUGUUUAAUCCGAACGCUCAGUUUCCAUCUGCUGGCCAAAAAUCAGGACUCCCUGCAUGGAUUCCCUGCACAGAUGACAAAUGUCAGCCAUGUUUAAGUGUUGUAAUUUUAAUGAAUGGACAUUGUCUCUAUAUAUAAUAUGUAUAAUAUUCAUUUUAAUCAAGCUCGGUUUUAUUUAGAUGAUCUGCCAAAAGAAUAUAAUGCUUUAGAUUUGAUUUCAGAAAUGCAUCUGAUGAGGUUACUUUAUGGUCUCAUGGUUUAAUUUGUGCAAUAGGACGUUUGUGUGUGUGUGUGUGUGUGUGUCCAUCUUUAUAAGAAAGAUGGAAAAUUAACAAUUACAAAUCAAAUAAAUAUACAGAAUAUGACCUUUUUACUAGGAGUCACAGCCAGGUGUGUGUGUGUGUGUGUGUGUGUAUAUAUAUUCAUGCAUAAGUGUGCAUUUAGUCCUAAACUAAUAAUGAACCUAUACUGUGUACUAGACAUGUAUGACAUUUUGCACUUGCAAAUGUGUUUAUUUGCUUUGGGUUUGGGGAGACGGAAGAUAAAGUUUUGAGGGUUUUUUUUUGCUUUGUUUUAAUAUUUACAAUGAUGUAUAUGCUCACUGCUUACUUGCAAAUGCCUUUAUAAAAUUUUGUAAGGCUUGUAUAGAUGCAAACCAAAGCAUAGUCUCUCCUGCUGGUUACUGCUGUCCCUUUAAGUCCUCUGAACUGAACUUUGUAGGAGACAGGGACACAUUCUAAUUUUUUAUUUUUUUCAGUAAGGAGGGGGGGGGGUUAUCAGUAAAAAUGACUAAACAGAGUGAAGUAAUAACAAAAUGCUGUUGACAUGCUCCUGUGUGAUGAGCUUUCCUUUCAGGGUUCUAUGUUUGUGUAUGUAUAUAUUUUUCAUGUGCCUUAGCCCUCCUUGGGUGUAUCAAGGUAUCAAGGGCAACUGCAUGCCCCUGCAAAUUUGUGACAUCACAACACAUAUGCAUUAACUAAAUAUUAUUGCAAGCCAUAUCGUUAACAACACGUAAGUAGGUUAUAGAUUAGACAACACGUGAGGUCAUCUGAUGCAUGUUUUGAUUAGACAAAUAAUGCACAUCAUCAUCAAUUUUGUCAGUUUCAUUGUUUAUACACACCAAAUCUAUCACUAGUCACCGACUCAUUAGCAGUUAUCAGAAAGCUAGCAGCAAAUCACCAAACAUUAGCUAGAUUCUGUAGACAUGUGGCUCAUACUGCAGCAUUAUUGAGACUGAGACUCAAUAAACAUAAAACUAUUGUAAA